GGCGCGCGGCGAUGGCGGCGCGGGGCGGGAGCUUGUGGCUGGCGCUGCUCUGGCUCUCGGCGGCGCCGCUGCCCCGCGGCGCCCGCGGAUCGGAGCCCGUCGGGCCGGCGGAGCCGCCGGGCGGCGCGGGCCCAGGGGAGCGGUUUAAGAUCGAGGGCCGGGCCGUGGUGCCGGGGGUGAAGCCGCAGGACUGGAUCGCGGGGGCCCGGGUGCUGGUGGACGGGGAGGAGCACGUCGGCUUCCUGAAGACUGAUGGAAGUUUUGUGGUUCAUGAUGUGCCUUCAGGAUCUUACGUAGUGGAAGUUAUAUCCCCUGCUCAUAAAUUUGAGCCCGUGCGAGUUGACAUAACUUCAAAAGGCAAAAUGAGAGCAAGAUAUGUGAAUUACAUCAAACCCUCUGAAGUUGUCAGGCUGCCUUACCCACUCCAGAUGAAAUCUUCUGGACCACCUUCAUACUUUAUAAAGAGAGAAUCUUGGGGAUGGACAGAUUUCCUCAUGAACCCUAUGGUGAUGAUGAUGGUUCUUCCAUUACUCAUAUUUGUGCUUUUGCCUAAAGUUGUCAACACCAGUGAUCCUGAUAUGAGGCGGGAAAUGGAGCAGUCAAUGAACAUGCUGAAUUCCAACCAUGAGCUGCCAGAUGUGUCUGAAUUCAUGACAAGACUUUUCUCUUCAAAAUCUUCCAGCAAGUCUGGUGGUAGCAGCAGUAAAGCAGGGAAAAGUAGUUCUGGAAAAAGGAGGUAGUUAAGUCUUCCUCCUAAGUCUGAGUUUGCACAGCUGUUUGUUAUCAUGUGGUGUCAUGUUUAUUUGUCUUGAAAGAUCAAAAAGCCACUACUGUAAACUUUAACCAGGCACAACAUACAUUAUGCUACAAGUGUGGUUUGUAGCUUUUUUUUAGACUGUAUAAGCUGUUUUGUACUUGACAGUAAGCAAAAGAGGACAUGGCUUCAAUACUGUACCUGUAUAAAGUUAUUGACGAUACUGAAUUAACUAUAUUGUUCUGUAGAGAAUUAAAAUAAAUUAUACAAUGUGCUUCACA